GGCUGUGGUAACUCAAGCCUCACCAGGCAGUAGCGAAGAUGUAUCAUUUCAAGUAUCUCAGAACAAUGACCUCGCCAGCCGAAAGAAUGUUCUGGCACGUCGGACCGCCGCAGCGCCAUCUAUCUUCCCUCCACGCCAAUCGACAUGCCACCGACCAGAAGUGGAUGCGUGACCUGCCGUAUCCGCAAGGUCAAAUGCGAUGAGGGCAAGCCAAAGUGCCAUCGCUGUACGGCCACUGGACGUACAUGUGAUGGCUACACCACCAUUCCCCUGACUCGCGGAGACCUGCGAAUGGCCCUGGAUACGCUACAACACCCGCAUUUCCCGUCUGCCCUUCCGUGCGUCCUUACCGACCCGGCCUUUCAGUGUGUUCUGGACAAACGCUUUUUUCAGUUCUUCCGACAGUGCACUAUUGCCAGCACUAAACAGACGAUUCCUUCUGCGUUUUGGGACAGCCUUGUAUUGCAGGCUUGCCAUACCCACCCGACCGUUAAACACGCCGUGCUUGCCAUCGGUGCAUAUCACGACUCUCUCAUCCAUCACAAGGACAAAGCAGCGGCUCAGCAUUUACGCCUCUACGCGGAUCGACACUACCAGCGAGCACUCGUCGAGGCUCGAAACGUGAUCUCUGACACCGGAUCAUCCCCAGAAGUCCACAGCCUGCUUCUGGCUUGUCAUAUAUUCACUCUAUACGAAGGCAUGCGUGGAAAUUACUCCGCCAGCGCAACCCAUAUGGCGAACGGUCGAAAGAUCAUUGCCCAAUACCGGCCGAGAAAGCGUAUCACAGCGGGCAGCACUGCGCUCGAUGAGAUUGCCACCGCCUUCGCUCGCCUGGACCUGGUUUCUCUCACCUUUUCCGACGUCACUGCUCCAUAUCAGUAUACUCUCAGGGAUUUGCUGAACACGGCGCCAGAAUUGCACUCGCAAUCUUACUCCAGCGUUCAGCAAGCCCACGCCGCCCUCGUCGACCUCAUUCGACUAACAUUCAUGCUCCAUGAACACAUCUAUGUCCACGGCGACUCGGAUAUCCGCGCAGAAAACGAGUGCCGCCGGCAACUUCUGGCCUGCCGGCAAAGGCUCAUCAAAUGGAAGCAGCACUGGCACAAGCUGCUCACUGCUCUACCCAAGCCUCCACCAGAAAGUCAAACCAAAACAAUCGAAUGCUGGUACCUCGCUGCUUCCGUCGACGCCGAUGCAAACUUUCCCACGCUUGUGCAAAGCGAGUACGAUUGCGUAAUGCCGCACUUUGCUCGCAUCGUCUCGCUCCUCGAGGACGUCUCAACCAGCAUUCGCGAUUCAUCUGCGUCUGCGCCUCCUUCGGUCUCCUUCACCCUGGAUCUCGGCUUCAUCGUCCCCGCCUUCUUCACCGCCAUCCGUUGCCGCGAUCCUGGCCUCCGCCGUCGCGCCAUUGCUGUUCUCGAAUCCAUGCCUCGCAGAGAGGGGCUGUGGGAGAGCACGUUCGCCGCAGCUAUUGCGAAGAAAUGGAUGCAGCUCGAAGAAGAGGGACUCGAAAGGGUUGCGUGCUCGGCAGAUGUUCCUGAGAGCCGGAGAUUCGCGCAGUUGGAGCCUUGGAUUGACGUGGAGAAUUUGUCUGCCAGGUUGCUGUUCAUCAGUACUGAGAGGAAAGUUGUUUGUACGAUUGACUCUAGUGACAUUACGAGAGAAUGAAGAGAGAUUGCUGGUCGGGACAUGAAGCUCUUUACGGAGAUCUACGAUGCAUAAUAGGCCGAUAUUGGCGCACGUUGAAAGUAUACUCUCCAAAACGCAGUCAGACCGACUCAAUGCAAAACAGACUUGGAACGCGUUCAGAGUGCAAUAUUGAGAAGGUGUACUUGGUACGAAGCGUCUCUUUUAUCUUGGGAGAUUUCAAAUCGACAUGAGGUGAGCAAGCCCGCUCGU